AUGCCUUCGCUAGGAGUGCUGCCUUCGCAAGGAGUGCUGCCUUCGCAAGGAGUGCUGCCUCCGCUAGGAGUGCUGCCUUCGCUAGGAGUGCUGCCUUCGCUGGGAGUGCUGCCUUCGCUCGGAGUGCUGCCUUCGCAGGGAGUGCUGCCUUCGCAAGGGGUAAUGCCUUCGCAAGUACUGAUGCCUUCGCAGGGAGUACUGCCUUUGCAACGAGUGCUGCCUUCCAAUGAGUGCUGCCUUCGCAAGGAGUGCUGCCUUCACAUGGAGUGCAGCCUUCGCAUGGAGUGCUGCUUUUGCUCAGAGUGCUGCCUUCGCAAAGAGUGCAGCCUUCGCAAGGAGUGCUGCCUUCGCAAGGAGUGCUGCCUUCGCAGGGAGUACUGCCUUUGCAACGAGUGCUGCCUUCCAAUGAGUGCUGCCUUCGCUAGGAGUGCUGCCUUCGCUAGGAGUGCUGCCUUCGCAGGGAGUGCUGCCUUCGCAGGGAGUGCUGCCUACGCAGGGAGUGCUGCCAUCGCUAGGAGUGCUGCCUUCGCAAGGAGUGCUGCCUUCGCAAGGAGUGCUGCCUUCGCUAGGAGUGCUGCCUUCACAAGGAGUGCUGCUUUCACAAGGAGUGCUGCCUUCGCACGGAGUGCAGCCUUCGCACGUAGUGCUGCCUUCCCACAUAGUGCUGCCUUUGCACAGAGAUCUGCAUUCGCAGGGUGUGGUGCCUUCACAAGAAGUGCUGCCUUCGCAAGGUGUGCUGCCAUCGCUAGGAGUGCUGCCUUCAAAAGGAGUGCUGCCUUCGCAAGGAGUGCUGCCUUCGAAAGGAGUGCUGCCUUCGAAAGGAGUGCUGCCUUCGCAAGGUGUGCUGCCAUCGCUAGGAGUGCUGCCUUCGCAAGGAGGGCUGACUUCGCAGGGAGAGCUGCCUUUGCAGGGAGUGCUGCCUUCGCAAGGAGUAGUGCAUUCGCAAGGAGUGCUGCCUUCGCAGGGAGUGCUGCAUCCGCAAGGAAUGCUGCCUUCGCAAGGAGUGCUGCCUUCGCAAGGAGUGCUGCCUUCGCAAGGAAUGCUGCCUUUGCAAGGAGCGCUGCCAUCGCAAGGAGUGCUGCCUUCGCUAGGAGUGCUGCCUUCGCAAGGAGGGCUGCCUUCGCAAAGAGGGCUGCCUUCGCAGGGAGUGCUGCCUUCGCAAGGGGUAAUGCCUUCAGUGCUGCCUUCACAAGGAGUGCUGCCUUCGCAAGGAGUGCUGCCUUCGCAAGGAGUGUUGCCUUCGCAAGGAGUGCAGCCCUUGCAAGGAGUGCAGCCUUCGCAAGGAGUGCUGCCUUCGCAAGGAGUGCUGCCUCCCCAAGGAGUGCUGCAUUAGGACGGAGUGCUGCCUUCGCUAGGAGUGCUGAAUUCGUACGGAGUGCAGCCUUCGCAAGGAGUGCAGCCUUCGCAAGGAGUGCUGCCUUCGCAAGGAGUGCUGCCUUCGCAAGGAGUGCUGCUUUCGCACAGAGUGCAGCCUUCGCACAUAGUGCUGCCUUCACACAGAGUGCUUCCUUUGACAGAGUGCUGCCUUCGCAAGGAGGGUUGCCUUCGCAGGGAGUGCUGCCUACGCAGGGAGUGCUGCCUUCGCAAGGAGUGCUGCCUUUGCAAGGAGUGCUGCCUUUGCAAGGAGUGCUGCCUUCUGCUGCCUUCGCAAGGAGGGCUGCCUUUGCACAGAUUGCUGCCUUCGCACGGAGUGCAGCCUACGCACAGAGUGCUGCCUUCGCAAGAAUUGCUGCCUUCGCGGGGACUGCUGCCUUCGCAUGUGGUGGCGCCUUCGCAAGGAGUGCUGCCUUCGCAGGGAGUUCUGCCUUUGCAAGGAGUGUUGCCUUUGCAAGGAGUGCUGCGUUCACAAGGAGUGCUGCCUUCGCAAGGAGUGCUGCCUUCGCAAGGAGUGUUGCCUUCGCAAGUAGUACUGCCUUUGCAAGGAGUGCUGCCUUCGCAAGGAGUGCUGCCUUCCAAGGAGUGCUGCCUUCGCUAGAAGUGCUGCCUUCGCAUGGAGGGCUGCCUUCGCAAGGAGGGCUCCCUUCACAUGGAGUGCUGCCUUCGCAAGGGAGUGCUGCCUUCGCAAGGAGGGCUGCCUUCGCAAAGAGUGCUGCCUUCGAAAGGAGUGCUGCCUUUGCACAGAGUGCUGCCUUUGCAGGGAGUGCUGCCUUUGCACAGAGUGCUGCCUUUGCAAGGAAUGCUGCCUUCGCAAGGAGUGCUGCCUUCGCUAGGAGUGCUGCCUUCGCUAGGAGUGCUGCCUUCGCAGGGAGUGCUGCCUACGCUGGGAGUGCUGCCUUCGCAAGGAGUGCUGAUUUCGCAAGGAGUGCUGCCUUCGCAAGGAGUGCUUCCUUCGCAUGGAGUGCUGGCUUCGCACGGAGUGCAGCCUUCGCACGUAGUGCUGCCUUCGCACGGAGUGCUGCCUUUGCACAGAGAUCUGCAUUCGCAGGGAGUGGUGCCUUCGCAAGAAGUGCUGCCUUCGCAAGGAGUGCUGCCUUCGCUAGGAGUGCUGCCUUCGCAAGGAGUGCUGCCUUCGCAAGGAGUGCUACCUUCGCACGGAGUGCAGCCUUCGCACGUAGUGCUGCCUUCCCACGGAGUGCUGCCUUUGCACAGAGAUCUGCAUUCGCAGGGUGUGGUGCCUUCGCAAGGAGUGCUGCCUUCGCUAGGAGUGUUGUCUUCGCAAGGAGGGCUGCCUUCGAGAGGAGGGCUGCCUUCGCAGGGAAUGCUGCCUUCACAAGGGGUAAUGCAUUUUCAAGUUGUGCUGCCUUCUCAGGGAGUACUGCCUUUGCAACGAGUGCUGCCUCCCAAUGA